CCUAUUCUGGGUUGAACACCAUUUUUGGGAAUUUGGUAAAUAAAAGGUAGUGUAUUCCACUGAGCUCCCUGGAUGCUCUCCACAUCAGUUCUUACUCCGUACCAUUUACUAAUACCUGAAAUCAGGUUAACACAAGUUGAAGCCAAUCUGCAGACCACGUACAGUACAACACGUCUAAAUACAUCUUUCCACAUCAAGAUGACUGCUUAUACACACACCAAGCACUUUAUUAGGUAUCUAGAAGACUUGAGCCUAUCCACUUGGAGUUAUGAUGCGUUGUGUGUUCAGAGAUGCUCUUCUGCAUACCACUGUUGUAAUGUGCGGUUAUUUGCGUUACUGUCACGUUCCUGUCAGCUUUGACCCGUUUGGCCAUUCUCCUCUGACAUCUCUCAUUAACAAGGCGUUUCUGUCUGCAGAACUGCUGCUCACUGGAUUUUAUUUUUGUUUUUUGCACCAUUCUUUGAAAACUCCCAGGAGAUCAGCAGUUUCUGAGAUACUCAAAUCACCCUGUAAAUGGUUGGCUUAUAUAUAGCACCUUUAUCCAAAGCACUGUACAAUUGAUGCUUCUCAUUCACCCAUUCAUACACACUCACACACCAACGGCGAUUGGCUGCCAUGCAAGGCGCCAACCAGCUCGUCAGGAGCAUUUGGGGGUUAGGUGUCUUGCUCAGGGACACUUCGACACACCGGGUGGGAUCAAACCAGCAGCCCUCUGACUGCCAGACGACUGCUCUACCGCCUGAGCCAAUGUCGCCUGAACAUGAGCCGGUAUGAACGAGUAACAAGACUCCUGAAUUUUCAGCUGUCCAUACAUUUGUAAUGCCGAAUGAAUCUAAAUCCCACAUUUGUCUGCCACCCACAAUCAUUCCACGGUCAGUGUCACAUUUUCCCCCCAUUUUCAUGGUUGAUGUGAACAUUAACUUAAGCUCCUGACCCGUAUCUACAUGAUUGUAUGCAUUGCACUGCUGCCACACAAUUGGCUGAUUAGAUAAUCGCAUGAAUAUGUAGAUGUAAUAAAGUAAAAAUAAAGUGCUUGGUGAGUGUAUUUAGGGUCUGCUGUCUGAAGCUGACAUAUUCUUGUAAAGUUCAACACAAAUCAAGGAGUCUAGGAAAGCUCAAGGUUAGUGCACUUAAAUGAAUGAUAUAGACAAUCAGUUUAAUGUUGUUCACCUGUUGGCAAUUGCAUUCAGUUCUUGUGCUAUCUGUCCCAUGUUACAUCAUAGAUUUUGUAGUGCUGACAGGUGAGCCCCCCCCCUCCCCACGUUUUAUCAGCAAGUGAACUUCACUGAAAUGGCUAAAUGUGACAGGAAAGUUUGUGGAAGUCACCGAAUAUCAAAACCAAGUAACCAAGCUCACCCCGCGCUCAAGGCCUUCAUGUGCGGCUCUCUCAGUGGAACCUGCUCCACCCUGCUCUUCCAGCCUCUGGACCUGGUGAAGACCCGGCUGCAGACCCUGCAGAACAACAUGCACCCAGGCUCGCCAAAGGUGGGGAUGGUGACGGUGUUUCUCAGUGUUGUGCGGACAGAGAAACUGCUGGGCCUGUGGAAGGGAGUCUCACCGUCCUUCAUGCGCUGCAUCCCCGGGGUGGGCAUCUACUUCAGCACCUUCUACUCGCUGAAGCAGCGCUUCUUCCAGGAGCGCAGCCCGAGCGCGCUGGAGGCCGUCAUGCUGGGCGCGGGGGCACGCACCGUGGCCGGCGUCUGCAUGCUGCCCGUCACCGUCGUCAAAACGCGCUUCGAGAGCGGCAGGUAUAACUACGUGACUGUGCUGGGAGCACUGCGCAGUGUGUACGUGACGGAGGGUCCCAGGGCUCUGUUCUCCGGCCUCACUGCCACCCUGCUCAGAGACGCCCCCUUCUCCGGCAUCUACGUCAUGUUUUACAGCCAGGCCAAGAGGUCCCUGCCACAGACGAUGAGCUCGUCGGCCUGCGCUCCCUUGCUGAACUUCAGCUGCGGCGUGAUGGCGGGAGUCUUGGCCUCCCUGGUCACUCAGCCUGCCGAUGUCGUCAAGACGCACGUGCAAGUGAGCCCUCACCUGUACAAGAGCACCGGGGAUGCUGUGCGCUCUAUCUACCUGGAGCAGGGGCUGAAAGGGUUCUUCCGGGGGGCAGUGCCACGGUCCCUGCGCAGGACUCUGAUGGCUGCCAUGGCCUGGACAGUGUAUGAACAGCUAAUGGCCAGAAUGGGCUUAAAGUCCUGAAGAAGAGACGGCUGGGCGUGUGCUUUAUACAGGGUGGCCAGAGGAAAGUGAGUGAGGAGGGGGAGUGAGUAUGUGUGCUGUAGUCAAUGGUCCGGGCUGGAAAGCAGUUGAAUAUAUUUUAUCAUGCAAAAUAUGAAUUUGAGGGAGGAAGGAUUAAGUGUAUGUCGGGGUGGGUAGAAGAUGGGCUAUUAAGAAAGAUGGCGAGAGUGUGUGUGUGUGUGCGCACGUGUGUGUGCACGCCCACGUGUGAGUGCACAUAAGUGUGAGUGUAAGGGAUGUGUUGCUCUUUUAACAUUCUUAAGUGUUAACCCUGACCUAAACUGACAUUCCUGAGCAGCUGUGAAUAUGUACAUAUCUGUGAGAUUGAGAGUGAGCGCAUUGCUGCGGACAGAGCCUCUGGCCUGGGCCCUCUGAAGGCCAGCAGUUACUGUGCCACUGACUAAACACGCACAGGUCAGUCAGAUUGUGGCUGCUGAUUAUCAACUGACUGACAGACUCUCAAAAAUAAGGGAAUUAUUGUGCCAUUAACAUAAUACAUCUCACCUUACUGACACAUAGAUCUGAGCCAACGGUUGACUUAUUCACUGAUGGAUGGACACUCGGACUGAUUCACGUGCUGCUUAAUUUUACAGCUGACAGGGUGAUGACUAUUGAAGCACAGACAAUCACAAUGCAUUUCCUUUGACUUGAUUCCAGUGUAGGAUGAAGCUUUGUACUGGACUGACUUAAUUUAUUCUAUUGCACUAACUGACUAUAGGACACACUACUGCUUAAUGCUAUGCUACACUGAAAUGACUAAAGUGAACUAAACUACAGGCUAUUCGGGGGUGGACAUUUUCCACGCCGAGGAAAGAGUAUCGUUUGCCAUUAUGCACAGACUGGAUUCACUUCUAAAGGUGGUCUCUUGUGACCUGAAGACGAAGUGGCUGUCUCAGCCUCUCCAGGCUGUGAAAGUGCAGUGUGCUGUUGGGUGAUACAUGUGACCCUGCUGCCAGAUCUCGUGAUCUACACCAAAAGCACAACAGAGGAGCCAGUGAGAAAAUAUUGUGUGUGUGUGUCAUGUCAUGUGCCAUCACAGGAGCUCCAUAUCUGCAAAUGCACUUUAGAAUAGAGCAAAUAAUUAUUCAUCCAGCUCAUGCCAGGACUCGCAUCUGGUGAACGGCUGGGUGUCUGGCACUGUGGAGCCAGUGUCUUUUUUGCCUUUCCUGUGAGUGCCGUACUAUACUUUAACAUACCACACUAUACCUUUCAACUGUACAUUUGCCUUCUUCAGAAAGUAUUGUGAGUCAUUGUCUGAAACAGUAUUGUCAUCAUCGUCAUUGUAGUUUGUUUCUGUCUGUGGAUGAGCCCUUGCUCAGUUUGUGCUCAAGUGAAUAAAUCUUCCUUUUUAUAUAUAUAUUAAAAAAAAGAUCAUUUAAGGCAUUUUGUUGUGGUACUUCCAUCAGUACAUCCACAACCAUUCACACAGUGGUGGAUUCUCUUGUGUUUUUGUUUUAUUUGUAUUGUAUAUUAUUUUACAGUGUGUGUGUGUGUGUGUGUGUGGCUGCAGUGUACAUAUUGUACAGAGCAGACUGCUCUCGCUGUCCCACGUGCUGCGUGUUAACACAACAGAGAAUGACAGGCCCUGCCUGGGGACAUGGGGCUAGCAGUGCUGAGGACCCCUGAGGAACACCAGGCAUAGCACAGGACAGCCUUGCUGCUAACCACUCCCACAGAGAGAGGGGUGAAGGGUAAUGCUGACAGAGACUGAACUGACACACACAAGAACAGGCCAUUGCGUUUAUAGUAGCUGUUCAGUGACUUCAUUGAUGUACUAUAUUUUCUAUUUUCUCCAGUCAGGUGGAAUACAAUGAUGUCUUUUUCAAAAUAAAUGUCUGUUAAAAAGC